AACAUUGCGCUUGCUUCUCUCUCUCUCUGUCUCACUAACCACCCCCCCCCCCCCCCCCGCUCUCUCUCUCUGGUGUGCGAUUUGAGACGGGCUUUCUGUAGGUGGGAGCAUCUGAUAUUAACAAGGAGAUGUCGUCGAGUAAGAAAGAAGAGAAAGGUGGUGGUGAUGCAGCAGAAAGAAUUAAGGCUGCUGCAUUGACUGCGGCAAAGGGCCUUAGCCGUGCUCAGGCUGAGCGUGCAGCUGCUGCCGCCGCCAGAAAUGUCAACGCAUAUGGCCAGAAGGAAGAAGGGCCCAGUAGAUGGCAGGAGAGAAAAGAAGCAAAGAGACAAAUGUAUUUGAUGAGUACUGAGAAACAAGUAAGAUUGGGUGAAAGGAAAGACCCAAAGACAUCAAUGUCUACCCUUGGCGGCACAACUUCCCAAUGCCAGAAAUGUUUUGAACCUGGUCAUUGGACUUAUGAAUGCAAGAACGAACGCAAGUAUAUCUCGCGACCCUCUCGUACGCAACUACUUAAAAAUCCAAAAUUGAAGAUGAAGGUAUCGAUUUCUUAUGAUUUGGAUAACCCAGAUAUUCCUAAGGAGGAACCUAAGACUGAGAAGAAGGUUUCAAAGAAAAGCAAGAGGAAACAUAGGUCUGAUACUGAGUCUGGCAGUGAUAGCGAGGCUUCGGUAUUUGAGUCUGACAGUGGGGCAUCGUCUGUUACUGGAUCAGAUGAGAGCGAUUCGAGCUACAGUUCAUCUACCGAUUCAGAAGAAGAGAGGAGGAGGAAGAAGAAGAAGAAGAAGGAGCAGCAGAGAAAGAGGAGGCACCGGAAGUACAGCUCUACUUCCGAGUCUUCUGAUUCAGACUCCGAUUCGGGAUCUGAUUCUGAGGAUAGGAGCAGCCGGAGGAAGGGCAGGAGGCACAGCAAAAAACGCUAGACAGUUGCAUGUAAAGAGGAGGAAAUUGUGGUAUUUUAUCUCUGUAUGUCAACUAUGUGUGCUUUGACUAUGCCUUAUCCAUCUCCUACGGUUUGUAGCUAUGAUCCUGUGGAGGUUACUAGAUGGUGAUCUUGGACAUGUAGCAGACAGGCUCUACACUUCAUAUUUUUCGUUUAGUUUCCUUAGCAAUUGAGUGAUGCUUGUAGUAAUUUUGAACCUGUGGUUGCCUCUCUAUUUAUACCUGUUAUUGUUCUUUUU